AUGAAGGUGCGUGGACAUAAGCUACUCUUGCUGCUCGGCAUCGGCUCAGUUUUACUGCUCCAAACAACAACUGCCGGAAAAGUGAAGCUGUUUGCAUUUAAGGGUCCACAUGCCGGAUUCGUUGGACUGAAAGUUCGAACACCAAAGCUAUUGGGUCUUAAGCAUGCACUGUCGGGACAUGGCGGUGGAUUCGGUGGCGGCAUUGGUGGUGGAAUAGGCUUCGGAGGUGGCUUUGGUGGCGGCCACAGCGGUGGCUAUCAUCACGAGGAAUAUCACCACGAAAGCCACUACAGCAGCGGUGGAAGCUAUGGAGGUGGUGGUUUUGGCGGCGGUCUGUGGGGAAAAUGA